AGCACAAUGGGGAAUAUGGAGAAGAGGCCAAAAGAGCAAAGAUUCCUUCUGCACGUGACAUUGAAAUUUGGCGGGAGAUGCAUACAGCAAAGAUGGAGUUUCUCAGAUUUCAAUAAUGUCGAUUUGGAGAUGGACAAAAUAAUAUGGGCUAAGUUUCAUCGUGGGAUUUAUUGGCCUGGGGAGGUCAUCGAGGAACUAGUUGAGGGACAUAAAGUUGAAUUUGUCCAUCUAUUUGAUAGAAAUGAAUGUCGUCGAAUGUCUAAAAAAGUAGGUAUUGCUUGCUGGAACUGUUCUGAGAAAGCUAACUUUAUAAAUGUUGGAGAAAAUCUCAAAAUGAAACAGAAAUGUCUGUCAUUUAAAAGGGCUGUGGAAGAGGCAGAAAAGCAACAUGAAAGUUCUUCUUCUGUGAAGAGAUCUCUGAACACUGCUUGUAAAUUAAGCACUUGCAAAAAGAGUGGCCAUAAACGGGAGUCUGGCAGCGAACCAUAUCACCUGAGCGAUGGCAAUGCUGACCUCCAGUACAGCAAUGAAAAUAGCUGUGAAAGUGAGGGAGAAGAUCUUCCUGCUGCUUUUACGCCAAUUAAAAAGACGCCAGAAACGAUGGCAAGAGGUGAUGUUGUCUGGGCGAAAUUUAAAGCCGAACCAUACUGGCCAGGAGUUUUUCAUUCCAUCGUGAAAGGAAAAAAGCCAAAAGUUUGGGUGUAUUUUUUUGAUAAAAACUGGAAUAUUGAAGGAAUGAACCGCGUAAUACUUCCGAUAAACGAAAAGUUCGUGUUUCCAUUUUGCUGCGAUGAAGAUAAGAAAAAAACUUUCUUGGAGGAGGGCACCGCUUCAGAUGACAAUUUUAUGCAGUAUGUUAAAUUCGCUGAAGAGUAUUUAGCAAGCAAAGCUGCGGGCAAAAUCAACGACAUCUUCGAAUACGAGAGUCAACCUGAUGACGAAAGUGACAACAAUUCGUUGGAGUUUCCACAAUCAACUUCAAAAAGGCGAAAAUUGGAAGUUGUGAACAUCACACCUACAAAGUCACCGACAAAAUUCAAGGACCUAGUCACUGGCAAGUCCUGGCGCACUGGAACAUCUAAAGAAGAACAGAAACAACUUCUAUCGGCAAUUAAAAAAACUCGACCAACACUAGAAAAGAUUUUGCAUGGAGAAAUCGAAUGCAAACGGCACACAAUUUUUACGAAGGGAACUACCAAAGAAAAAAACAUGCUAAAGCAUUCCAGUGGCUAUGGACCGAUUGAUGACGAUAAAAUUGCUGAAAAAGUUUUGGAAAAACUACUAGAAUGGUAUAACAACUCUAAAAAGAGAAGGAGAUUUAAUUCUGUUACUUACGUAUCAGAAGUGUGGCUUCCUGAGGCUAUUAUCAUGGCUUUGAUGGACUCAAGAAAUAUUGGAAGACAGAAAGCCGAAGAAAUAUUUAAUAACAGCAAAUAAGAGCAGGCACCAAGCUAUGGCCUACUCAUGUAGGAGUUGGCAGACCACCACGAGAAGGGCCUUACUGGAAAAAAUAGUAAUUUAAAAAUACUUCUAACGAGCAUUUCAUGGUAAAGUCUUUCCUCUAAGGUGGAAAUCUUCAACAAGUCGAUAAAAAGACUCUUUUUUUAAGCCAGUCUACAUUAAGUUCAAAUAUUUUAUGUGAGUGCAGACAAAGAACAGUGGUGCAGUAGGAUGUAGAUAUUUGACUGAAGGUUGUGCCAGUUUUUUGCACUCAAUGUACGACAUGUUGCCAGACUUGUUAAAUGUUGUUUUUCGUGUAAAUAGAUAUUUGUUGUUAUGUCUUUCUGUUAGAAAGGUUUUUAAGUUAUGCUAGAAAUUUGACGAAAACUCAGAAGUUUAUUUUUACGUCAAUUUUUUGUUCAUCAGUCCUUGACUUUAAAGUUUCCAUAACAGAUAAACUUCGUUGUAGGCCAAUUUUGGGUCAAGUGAAAAUUUUAGGAACAUUUUCGAGAGAGGUAGCUUUACAUUUUCUCAUUUUUUAAAAGUACUUCGAAUAACAAUGCAUGUUUUGGAAGUCUCUGGAAUGUCUAUUGCAUGUUAUCCAUGUCCGCGCUUAAAUUUACCAUAUUUGUUGAUUUUGCCCGGAGAAAAGAAUUCUGAAUAGCAGAAAUUGGUCUUUGGGUUUCUCGCAGCACUUGUUGUUAAUAAGCGCUAAUCGCUCAGAUCCACAUAUUGUUGUGACUUCACAAUAUAUUUUUUUCGGGCCUUUCGACAGUUUGCACCUUAAAAUAUUCACACCACUUUGUUAAACUGUUUUCAACUCAACACACAACUAAGUGUCUUGUUUCCCAGGUUUUGUUUUCUCCGAGCCAUUUGUGAGUGGAAAGUUUCCGCCAGUAAUCUCAAAUGCUAUUUUGUUAUUUUUUGUCCAUUUAAGGCUAUAACUCGAAUAUUUUUGCCACCUGAAUCAAAGCAGGCAUUAAAAGAUUUAAGAUUUUUAUCUAUUGAUCUCAGGAAAAAGGUCAAGAUUAAAAUAGUCUCGACUUAAAAAAGCCUCUUGUCGUUUUAUUCAAGUGAUACCUUUCUCAUAAAUGAUAUCUUGUUUGAUCCCACUACGCUGUCUUACCCUAAAUUAUUUUAUAUUCACGGAGCAGUACCAUGAACAAACUCUAAUUUCACCAUAAACUGACUCAGCAAGAUGACCAGGUGUUUUCAUGGACCAUGUUGCAACGCCCAGAAGAAAAAAGAUUUUCGUUACUGACCGUGACACAAUAGUUCAACAUAAGUGAAAAUUUCCAUCUCGUCGUCAACCACAGCCAUAGUUUGCUAUCAUAUUUUAUUCACCUUUCACACUCCCUGCUACACUCUCUUUAUAAGAACUAGAUGAUAUUUUUGGAUAAUUUGAAGCACCAGUCUUUUUAAUGUUGCUCUUAUUUCGACAUCGAUUUGUAUACAUUUACAAACUAUGAUUUUCUUCUAAAACUACUGAAAACAGUUUUGUAAACGUGCUGAUCAAGGAUUUGUUAAAAUUAGAAACAAUUUUCAAAAAAACGUUUUUUCUUCUAAUUUUCCAUCUGAGGCUUGGCAUGCUCUUACGUUAUUCUUAUAUGUUUGCCACAUUGACCCUCAAAUUUCUUAUAAAAUGUUUUCUUACAAAGUUCCGUAUGAGUGUCUCGGAGUUUUCAGAGCUAGAUUUUUAAGAAAUAUUGUGGCCCAAUUACCAAGUAAGAAGGUCCGGGCAGGCACAAACAGUUAAAAAUAGAGGAAAACUUUUUGCAUUUGGGUUGUGUUCUGGAUAAGUGGUAAACUAAGUCUGCUUGAGUUUUUUGCGUAUCUAAACGCAGUUUUCCUUCAGUUUAAGAUCCCUACAACACCACAGUCGCCGCACCUUUAUCCUCAGAAUGAAGUUUGGUUCAGCAUUACCGCUCUCGUGUUCAUGUUUCCUCUAAUGUGCUUGUUAAUCUAAUCCUACUUUCCCCUACAGUUGUUCCUCUUCUUCAGAAUCCCGGCUGCGGGGUACUUUCCCCUACCUAUUCAUACAUAUCUCUACAAAGCCCCUGCCCUGCUGCUAUAUUUUUAGCUUGCUGAAUUAUUUGCUUGAAAAAUCAGUAUUACACCAUACUGAAUUCCAAAGUAAAUUUUAGCAAAACUGUCGGUUACAUUGAUGCCCCUUUCAUAAUUACGGAUAUGCACGAUUUUCCCUAGCAGGUUUCCUCAUUACCCGCUGCAUAGUCCCGAAUUCCCCCUAUUAUAAGGUUUUCCCCUACGGGUGGCAACAAUCUUUUAAAAAUCUAAUGACCAUUGCCUCUGUGUCUCCCGUUGGGCACGCCCCUGUAAAAUGAAGGAAAAUUCAAUUGCCGUGUACAUAUAAUGGAGACUUCGGUGGCGAAUAUUGAUAAAUCGCAUAAGCCCGUACCACAAGGGCAGGUUCUGGUAUCAUUCCUAUUGAUAUCUUUGGCCCACUUGACUAAAUAAACCUUGAAUAGACUUUUAUUAACGUACACCAUACCUACAAGUCUUUUUUCAAACGAAACAUUUGCACUUUUACAAUUCACUCUCUUUACUAGUUCUUCACAGUGAUUUUAGAAGAAGAUUUUCAUCCGAGCAUCAAUUUAAAUCCAAUGGUAACUUUCGCAAAUGUUUCUCUUAGCUUCAUUUGACGUAAUUCCGUUGCAACGCGAUCCAUUGAUACCGGUAAAUUACAUAAUUAAUAAAAAUGUCACCAAAGUCAUGCUCAAUAAGUCAGUUGCAGACGGAAGGAGAAAAAAGGAAGAGUAAAAUUACAGCCAAAACCAAAGAGACAUGACAUUGUUAUGGCUCUAACUGGAAGAGGAAGCCAUUCAAAAACGAUUUUACGUAUUUUCAAACGGAAGCGAAUUGUUUUAUGCAUUUUUGCGUGAGAUCUUUGACAUUCCAAAAAUCGAUUAAGACAAUCUGAAGAAUUUGAAGGAAGGAGGCAAUGGGUGUCAACCCCUUUCAGAAAGCACUUACCGCAACCAAAACUGAAUGUUUCUGGUUAGAUUCAACGAAACAGGAAUUUAAAGUAUCCCUUAGGUUGUCUAUUAAAUUUGUCCACUCACCCCUUUUAAUACUGCAGCACCAUCCAAAUCUUCAAGCAUGUCCUAACAAAUGUAUUCAGCCAUCACAAUUUGACAAAUUUUUCCCAAGUGCUCUAAACGUGGUAUUCAUUGCUGACGCUAUGUCAAAUUUCCCGCCACUGAGGUUCUCCUUCCCAGAUCCUUUCAUUACAACUCUAGUAUCAACAUGAAGUGUAAUUUAUUUGAAAUUUUAAAGGGAGAAUAGAAGGAUUUCGUAGAAUAAUCAAAACUUGCUCACGAAUUUAAACGAAUUAAAAUACAGUGGCGUACUGAAUAAUUUCUGGAAAAGGGGGGGGGGGGUGAUAGGGAAGAAGGAUUGGUUAAGCAAAGAGAAUUGACCGUCAGGUUUAAUCGAGAAUAAUUCAUUGAAAUAUAAACCCUAAUUUUUAUUCUGAAACUCACGUUGCAUACUUUGUUAAGGCAAGACAACAGAGUGCAGCAUUUGGUUAUCUUACAGUUAAAUAAUAACUGGUAAAAUAAUUACACUAAAAGCUGAAGUCAUUUAUCAAGAAAAUCACAUAUCACGGAAUGUUUUUAAUUGGUUUCCGAAAGUGAAAACCAACUACGCUGCUUCUCAGUUUUUCGUUUACACCAAAUAAUACUUUUCAAGCUCUAUAUUUGAGCCAAUUUUCUGGUAAACAACGAAAUCGUGUUCAUAGAUCACACAAGGCCUUUUCUACUCGCAUAGACUGGAAAUGCUUAAUUCCAAAUUAGGAUAAAAGUUUUGGUUUUAAUGACACAAAAAUUUUGUUCCCCAUUUAUUAGCACAAAUGGAAUGCUCCACUAACAAAUAAAAGUGCUUGAUGAUGUAAACUCCGAAACGCAACCCCUAAUGAAUCACUUGUCGUGUCGUGUCGUGCUUUUAUCGUGUCGUGAAUUUUUAUCAAAUCAGUUAAAAUAAUCUUAUCAGAUAUUUGCUAUUGUUUCCCUCCUGGCUCGUGUCAGGCUCUCUAAAAUUAAAACACUCAUGGUAAAAAAAUCACAUCAAUUUGAAAUAUUCUAUGACCAAUUAAUGCGUUGACGCAAAUUAUAUGUCAUUGCUGGCCCAAUGGCUGCCAAUUUUCUCCAAAUAUGGGUUGGAUUGCCCCAAUGAGGUGUAUGGAAUAGAGAUCUUAUUGGAUUGCCCAAAAGAAUUUUACUGCAGUUACAUUGACUGCUGUAGAGUGGAAUGAAUGAAUGGAACACCGUCGAGCUAGAAAAUCCAAUUUAUGAAUAAUUGAGCGAGCCAUUAUUCUUUUUUUUCAACCAUUCUAUCAAAACGAGCGAAUCGGGUUCGACUCCAUUUCCAAUCAGGUUUCUCGAAAAGUCGCGAACGAGGACAAUUAGGAUUAUCUCCUCCGCAUUGACGUCAAUGCUGACACACGAGUAUUUGCGAUUUUAUCUUCGGAAUGCGACAGUUUCCUUGACAAUUUGUUUACUUCUCCAUGUUAAAAAACUCAAAUUUAUCAUAUUUCUACAUAUAUAUCUUCAAUAAAACUUGCCUUUGUCUACCUUGCUUUAUUUAUUUAAUUUCCAAAAAUCACUGUUUUAGCUUACGUAGUAUAGGCCAUAUUAUCGGUGGGAAUUUCGCAGAUUGUCGAUUUUUCUCGUUCCGCGUUUUUCGGGAUGUCCCGCGAUUUCCGGAAAUUUGAGUAUCAAAGCUUGGGUAAAACCUUUAAGCGAAAAAAUACUUCGUCUUUAGAAAAUUUAUUUAACAUGAUGUUUCGAGCCUUAAUGGCAACCUACAAAACCUUCAGUAGGGCAAAACUACAGCGGAGCCCGAAAGUUGCUGGGGAAAUCACUGAUCGGGACUGUUAUCGUUCAACCGGGGGCUAGGUCUCAUACAAAUGUUUCCUCGAAUAAAGAAUUUACCAUUUAAAAGAUUUUUUGAUUAGGAGCUUGUUUAUGCAAGAAAAUUUAUUUUAUAGCAAAUGCAAAUGUUUUUUGUUAUUUUGCUUAUUCUUAAGAACUU